GGGCGGGACAUGACACUCUGGUGGGUGAGUUGGAGAUCCGGUGUUCCCAGACCAUUUCCAAGGAACCCACCAUGUGGCGUCAUUCGAAACAUCGAGGCCAGUAUCCGGUUCGAAUUGAUGCCUCAUUCAGUCGUUUCAGCGGUACAGAACUGCGUUCACCCAUUAAAGUUCUUUCAACUGGACGUCCUAUUCGUCCUGUCGGUUCCUUUCAACCGUUACUGUACAUCUAUGCCAUAUCCAAUAAUCACACAGAGUACACAACAGGCGGGGGCCGGAACAAGGUGGCCAGUUGGCUUGGACAUUUGCAAGCAGGCAAUAUCAGCGAUUGGGUUAUACUGAUGAUAGAUGCCGAUUCCCCUACCAGUGGACCAAAGAUGUGGCAACGUUCGACGGUGAUACAUCGAAUAAAAAAGGAUUUUAACAUCAAUCCUGACGGUUUCCACUUCCUCCAGUUGCCUGAUCCGCGAGCGGUAGAGGAGAAGGUGUUUCAGGACGCAUGGACCACAAUGAUGCGUGCUCUACGCAAAGUAAUCUUAGAGGUUUACCAUGUGACCAUCAUGGACUAUGACAUGCAUCUGCAUUUGCUUGAGGAGGCCAGAUUUACGCCCGGUUGGGAUUUCUUUGAAUACUUGGAUCGCAAGGAGGAGCUCGCACAUUUGUAUAUCGCUCUUGGAGGUUUCGAAGAUGCGUUGUACGAAUAUUACGAAGUCGAGACAUUCUUCUCCGAUUGUGCGGGCGCGGAAAAGCUAAAUGAUGAAGCUCGUCCGCCGUGGGUACGACAAUUGAUCGAAGUGUCCUCCGGGACCACUCUGGCGGUGCCAUCAUUUCUCUCUUGUUUUCCCGUCGUACCCUCCGUUGCCGAUUCAGACCAGUCCGAACGGAUUCGUGAACGUCAAGGCACUCUGUUUGACAUUCGCUCGUAUUUACUGUACAAACAAUUGCAGUUGCUCUUCUUGUUGAAUAAGUUGCACAAAGUUCCAUCCCGUGUGUUUUCGUGCAUCAGUACCACGUUGGAGCAGUCUCGUGCGAUGAAAGUUUGUGAGGAACCCGUUUUCGAAUCCUGUUGGGCCUUCCUUGUCGCUGUUCAUUGUCUGGGUUUGUUAAACCGUCGAAGCGGCGCUAACCCCGCUCGGGAAGAUAUGAGUUCAAUCAACUUGAUUCUGUUCGCUGCAUUCGGGCCUAAUUCCACCCUGAGACCGGACGAUAUACAGACAAACCAACCGGAUUUGGCCUAUCAACCAUAUAACAAUGUGUUCCUCCGCCGUUCUUCUCCCGUGGAUAACCCUGUAGCUGAACCGCUGGCUUUGCUGGCAGACGUGAUCUAUUCAUACAUCACAUCGAAGACAAACAGUUCCAAGACCAAGGGCAAGACUGCCGACCCCUCGGCUCGACCACCACCACCAGCAGUCUGUAACGCUCUGGUCGAUUUGUGGCUGGUUGCGUUUGUUCAUCUGACCCGGUUAGGCUAUCUGCUCGAGUUGUGGCACGGCAAUCCGGUACACAGCGCACAUGCUGGUGCGCUUCGUGCCCUCGAGUCAGCGAUUCACGCCUGCGCGAUCUCCACUCGGACCAAUCUGACCACUUUCGGUAUGUCCGUUCACAAACACAUGUAUGUUCUGUUGUCCUCGCAUAAGAUGUUCGCGGACAUUUAUGUGGCAAUGGGACAGACGCUGACCGGGUUCUUCAAGCUAACUCGUCGAUCAUCGAAAGCAAUCUACGCUUCCAGCAUGCUAGCCAAUUUUCUCCAGACACUAGAUGCGAAACAACAAGCUUGUGUAUUGUACACGCAUGCUCUGACCACUUAUGUGAGUGACGGUUGGCCCGAAUUAGCCACGCACACUUGUCUCCGUUUGGCAUGUUGUUUACGCACAUUAUUGGACGAUAUGAAUAGAAGAAAACUGUGCUCUGACUCAGCCUUAAUGAGGUAUUUAAAUUGCUGUAUUUCUCUAUCCUGCACAAAUCCGGAUCUUCUGAAAACUGUGACCAAAGCAUGUGAUCUUCCUCCGGAAGUCAAACCAGACUAUUCUCUAUCAUUUGAUGCGCCUGUUUUUGCGUCCGUCAUGGAUCAGAUAACCGCACCGGAUUAUUGGUGGCAUCAAGCUUGCAAAGUGACCAAACUCUUCCCGCCCGAACAGCUUUGGGAUUGCACUCGAAUGAUUCAAUCGCCAUUCACGCUGAUGACGAUCCAGUUGGAUGGUGCUUCCGAGCAGGGUACUCAGGUUAUCACAAUCUCAAUUGACGUGACUUCGCAUGUUUCUUUUAUAGCUCGUAUUGGUGCUUUUGCAUUUCAUCCUCGACCGGAUGAUUGGCAAUCCAUCAUGAAUUACGGCCAUGUUGCCCAGUUGUUGCAUCCCGAUGCCACAACGGAACUCGAUGUGUCUGAAACAGAUCUUGCGACAAUUGAAUUGAAACGUAUCAGUUCGAAAACCGAAUACCACUUGGAGCCUCGAUCACCAACGGCCGCUCGGUCUUCCUCAGAUUUGUCUCGAUUUGAACCCAUAUUACAAAACGAUCUCACCAUCCCCUCAAAUCCAUCGGUGACCAAGUCUACGGAAGAGCUGGGUCCCACUGAGUUCAGACGUCGAAAGAGUUCUUUCCUGGAUGUCGCUGCCUCGUGGGCUACAAGACCGGCCUGGAAAUCACAGGAACAGUUAAAUCGCACACCGGAUUCUGGUUUAAACGUGGAACACACUUAUUCACGAUUUUCCUCGAUCCAUCAACCCCAUCUUUCUCCAAUUGAAAGCCCAGGUACGAUUCCCAUCAGUUCGCGUUUCAGAAAUCUGAGAUGA